AAGGCAAGGCACAAGGAAGGGAGAGACAGAGCAGUAUGUCAGAGCGGUAGAGAGACAGAAUGAGGCUUGUUCCUUCCUAAAGAUCCUUAUUCAUUGACUGUCAGAGCUGCACACAGGAGCUCCCAAGGCCACCUGCAUCCCCCUCUGCUCCUCCCCUGCCAGGGGUCUUGUCACUGGAGAGACCUAGAAGUGGCAGCUCAGUCCUCCUUAUACCCACCUGGCAGGCUGUCUUUGUGUUUUCCUGGGACGUACAAAGAAGGGAAAAAAGAAGAGAGCAAAAGAGAUCCGCAGAGGAGCAGAGACAGGAAGGAAAAUGCACAUUAACCAAGAGGCUUCCAUCAGCAAAGGAGCUCCCACCCGAGACGUCAUUCUGGUCUCCACCAUCCUAACCCUAAGCUUGAGUCUUACCAUCAUCAUGUGUGGGAUCUGCCAGUGGUGCCAGCGGAAAAUGGGAAAACGCUACAAAAACUCUCUGGAAACAGAUUCUGGGACACCAGAUUCCAGCCGUGGCAUGCGCAGCGAGAAGAAAACAUUAAAUGAUCUAGACAAAGACUUUUGGAAUAACAAUGACAGCACAACCCAUCAGAAAUGGAGCUCCUACCCUCCUAAGGAGUUUAUCCUAAACAUUUCACCUUACGCCCCCUAUGGUGACCCAAGGCUGGCCCUCAAUGGCACUGUGUUGUCCGGUAGUAAGUCGGCUGCAUGUGGCACUUCUGGUUUGUUGGAUAAAGAUGGUCGGCUGGGGGACAAGCAGUUUCGCAACGAAAGCAUGAAGAUCAGUAUGUCUUCACAAAGCCACCACAGCGAGCCAACUCUGGGGAAGCCGGGGAGAGGCCGAUGGCACACAGUCCAGAGCCACUUGGCAUCCGGAAACCUCAGUCGAAACAAUUUUGAGGACCCACCCCUGAAAGCUGCCACUACCCUCGACCAUAUCCCCAUCUCUGCAGGAGAUACAAAGUGUCAGCGUCCUCGCACGCUGCUCCGCCAGCAGAGCCUCCAGCAACCCCUAAGCCUACAGCAGAAGCACAAUCACUGCCAACCGACUACCAGCCAAAGUCUGGGCCAGCUACAGCUGCAGAACCAGCCCCCUUCAUCCAGCAGCAGCAACGCCAGCAACCCUCGCCAGCCACGCACGGGUCAAAAUCGACCCCCAACCUCAGCCGGAUCCAAGAAUAGACAAGCAGGGAUGAGGAACAGAACUAGCCCAGGCAGCUGGGACUAUGUGGUUGGGCAGAUUCGCAAUCGGGGCAUGGACAUGAAAUCUUUCCUGGAAGGUCGCAUGGUGGUGCUGUCCUUGGUGCUGGGUCUCUCUGAACAGGACGACUUUGCCAAUAUCCCUGACCUGCAAAACAAUGGGUCCCAACAGAACCAGAAUUCUCAGGGCGACAAGAGAUUACCAUCAGGAACCAAAACCUCAAAUGCAGCAGGGCCUCAGGGACAGGCGCAGCAAGAUGAGGGUGAACGGAAAAACGACCAGCGAUCGUCCGUCUCAGAUCUAGUGAACUCCUUGACAAGUGAGAUGUUGAUGUUGUCUCCAGGGUCAGAUGAGGAAGACGGCCAUGACAGCCCAGGAAGAGAAUCCUUAGGUCGCAUUCAGUUUAGCGUGGGCUACAACUUCCAGGAGUCAACUCUUACAGUAAAGAUCCUGAAGGCCCAAGAGCUGCCUGCUAAAGACUUCAGUGGUACAAGUGACCCAUUUGUAAAGAUCUACUUGCUUCCUGACAAGAAACACAAGCUGGAGACCAAGGUGAAGAGGAAAAACCUUAACCCACACUGGAAUGAGACCUUCCUCUUCGAAGGGUUUCCUUAUGAGAAAGUGGUGCAGCGGGUACUUUAUCUCCAAGUUUUGGACUAUGACCGAUUCAGUCGUAAUGACCCCAUAGGAGAAGUGUCCCUUCCCCUGAACAAGGUGGACCUGACACAGAUGCAGACCUUCUGGAAAGAGUUGAAACCGUGCAGUGAUGGAAGUGGAAGCCGCGGCGAGUUGCUGCUAUCCCUGUGCUACAAUCCAUCAGCAAACUCUAUUAUCGUUAAUAUAAUCAAGGCACGGAAUCUAAAAGCCAUGGACAUUGGAGGAACCUCAGACCCAUACGUAAAAGUUUGGCUUAUGUACAAAGACAAGAGGGUUGAGAAGAAGAAGACAGUGGUAAUGAAGCGCUGCUUGAAUCCUAUCUUUAAUGAAUCUUUCAUCUUUGAUAUUCCCACUGAGAAACUCAGAGAGACAACAAUCAUCAUUACAGUCAUGGACAAAGACAAGCUUAGCCGCAAUGAUGUUAUUGGCAAGAUUUAUCUGUCCUGGAAGAGCGGUCCUGGUGAAGUGAAACACUGGAAGGACAUGAUUUCUCAUCCUAGAACAGCUGUAGCACAGUGGCACCAACUCAAAGCUUGAACUGACGGCCGCUCUGCACUCUUAUCAUCUCCUGCAGUCUUCGGUUAUAUCCAACCAAAACAACAAUGCAUUGGCCACGCUCUUAUUGUCUGCACAAACAUAGCCUGCAGGCUUAUCCAAGGAACCGUCAGCUUGGAACUCUGGGUGCCAGGAAGCCCCAGGGCCACUCUGUGCCAUCUGCAGCUCCUUACCAAGGACUGAGCUCCUAAUUUCCUAAUAUUUGUUACAACAGGCACAGCUGCGGUUUUCCUCCUGGCCUUGUGAAGGCUCAGGCACCUCCCAACACAGUGUUAUAGAGACGCUGGGAAGGGCAGGACGGGAUUAUCCCGCAGGACGCCUCUCACUACGCCGCAGGGCCUGCAAACUUUCCACGGCUUUUUCAAGUAUGUGAUUGCCACGGAAGCACGUCAGAGUGCGGAUGAUCUUCGCCCACAUUUCAACUCAUUUUUUGUAGUGAUGCGAAGGAGCGAUAAACCCUGUCAUACUUUUUGUGGGGUUAUUUUUCUUUAUAGAACACAGAGAUAAUGAGCAAUACCAGUGAUAUUGCCUCUUAGAAACCUCAGUAGGUGCCGUUUGUUGGAAUGCGGAGGUAGGGUUAGGACGAAUUCCGCUCCACAGGUUCUUUGCCGUACAUGUGUGGUUGUCAGUGUCCAAUGUGUGUAAAGCAAUGUGGGUGUGUGUAUGAGAGUGUUUUUUUCUUUUUUUCUUUUCUCAACAACUCACCCCUUUCUUCCUCUCCUCCGUUUUUUCGCAGGCCAGGCCGAUGCUUUGCCUAGACCUGCGCAUCUUCGUACCGUAAUUCUUUGUUGUUUUCUUUGUUGCUUAUAUUCUUAUUUUGUUUUUCACAAGAGGUUAUUUUUCAGAGUUUCGCUAAAAAACUAAACAAAAAUAACAAAAAAAAAAAAGUGUCAGCCGCAGACAAUGUUGUGUUAUCGAGAGAGACUCUGAGCCACGGUUGUUAUGUUGUUUUGUCGAUUUCAUAGAAAGUUGAUGUGGGAUAGUUAACAAUCACUCUGCUGUCACAGAGGCUCAUGAUGCAUUGUGUUCAGCUCUCUCUCUAACAGCAGAUGUAUAUCAAGAGCAAGUUCAGAGCCAAAGAGAACGCUGUCUGUUAUGGUAAAUGGAGCUCAGUAUUUCCAGCCUCUUGGAAGGAAGGGUGAGACACAGGUCCUUGUCUUUUGGUGAUAUCACGGUGUGACCUGUUUGUUUGAGGAAGCCACUUACCUUCUGAGCAUCACCAGCCAAUUUGAGUCUUCCAGGAAGAGGCCUUGGACUUCCCCAGGGUCUCUCUUUCUCUAGGCUCCUGAGACCCAUGUAUAAAGUUAAAAAAAAAAAGAAAAACAAACUAAUUGAGUUGUAAGUAUGACCUGGUGAUUAUGGUGUCUGUGUGGAAACAAGAGGAAAAAAAAAACUAUUGUGCUUAUUAAAAGUGAAAUAUUUUCUGUCUA